GUGGCUCUUUAAGAGCGACUCGCUGGGGGCGGGGCGAUGGGGAGCUGAGCCCCAGAGAUAUCUCCUAUUUUCUUGCAAAAUAAAGCAACCUUUCUUUAUCCCCGUCUGGCUGUCAUUGGCUCUCAGCUAGGCGGACCCGACAUAUUGGUAACAGUUUCUGGCGUCCCUAGAUGGGAGCCUCCUAGCUCGGACAUCGGGCUCCGGACGGCUGCGGUGAGCUAGAAGCAGUGCCACCGGGGUGCUUAGCCCCUCUUCCUCACUCCACCGUGGCCACUGAGGUUCAUGCUCCAAUAAGAAUAAAGCAACCUUUCCUUAUCUCUGUCUGGCUGUCAUUGGCUCUCAGCUAGGCGGACCCUGACAUUUCGAUAACACCAUCAAGUCAUACUGGGCUCAGGCUGUGACCUGAAGCCAUCCUGUGACCGAGCAGCACAGUGAGAGAAUGCGGGGAGGCUCUGUGCUGGCAGUGCCAUGGCUCCUGAUCCUUGCUAUCACCAGCGGCCAUGGGCAGGAUGGGAAGCCAGCCUUUGCCCCCCUUUUCACCUGGAAGCCCUUCAUUGUGGCCUGGAAUGCCCCCACCCAGGACUGCAAGCCCCGCUUCCAGGUCCAGCUGGACUUCAGCCUCUUUGACCUGGAUGCCUCGCCCAAUGAGGGCUUUGUAGACCAGAACCUCACCAUCUUCUACAAGGAGCGCCUGGGCCUCUACCCCUACUACGAUAAGCAGCAGGUGGCUGUGAAUGGGGGUGUCCCCCAAAACAGCAGCCUACGGGAGCACCUGGACCGGCUCCAGGAAGGAAUCCGCCAUUACAUCCGCUCAGAGGCCAAGGAAGGGCUGGCUGUCAUUGCUUGGAAGGAAUGGCGGCCCAUCUGGAUCCGCAACUGGCAGAACAAAGACAUCUACCGCAAGAACUCCCGCAAGCUGGUGCUGUCGCAGCACCCCGACUGGCAGGAGGACAUGGUGAACAAGGAGGCCCAGUACGAGUUUGAGAGCUGCCGGGGAUUCAUGCUUCACACCCUGCAGCAUGCCAAGAGCUACCGGCCCAAGCAGCUGUGGGGUUACUACCUCUUCCCGGACUGCUACAACCAUGACUACAGCAAGAAUCCAGACAGCUACACGGGCCGCUGCCCUGACGUGGAGGAGACACGCAAUGACCGGCUGUCCUGGCUCUGGAAGGAGAGCACAGCCCUCUACCCUUCCAUCUACCUAGACCAGGUCCUGGCCUCCUCUGAGAACGGCCGCAAGUUUGUGAGCUCGCGGCUCAUGGAGGCCUUGAGGAUCUCUCACCAGCACCAUGACGGCUACUCGCUGCCAGUCUUCGUCUACACCAGGCCUACCUACAGCCGUAAGCUGGAGGGACUUACUGGUAUGGACCUGGUCUCCACCAUUGGCGAGAGCGCUGCCCUGGGGGCAGCUGGUGCCAUCUUCUGGGGUGAGGAAGACUACGCCAAGAGCCAGAGCACCUGCCAGACCAUCAAGGCCUACCUGGAGGAAGAGCUGGGUCACUACAUCAUCAACGUCACCACGGCGGCUCAGCACUGCAGCCAGGCACUGUGCCAGGGUUGGGGGCGCUGCCUGCGCCGGGACAGCACCGCCAACGUCUUCCUCCACCUCAACCCGCUCAGCUUCCAGAUCCGGCGCCGGGGUGAGGCAGACAGGCAGCAGCCAAUGCUGUGGGUGGAGGGUGAGCUGUCUGCUACCGACACAGCCUACCUACGGACCCACUUUCGGUGCCAGUGUUACCAGGGCUGGCGUGGGGAUGCGUGUGAGUGGCAGCUGAGCCCAAACAGUGGAGCCUGCCUAACCUGUGCCACUCUGGGACUCCUGGUACUGGGGCUCCUGGCCCACUUGGACUAGCUUGGCCUCUUACUGGGGUCCUCAUGGCAGUAGGCAGUCUCCUGGUGCUUAACAUGGCAGGGGCAUGGGUGCAGUAGAUGACACUUGUAGCCAGAGCCUGGCGUUGCCCCUCCGUGGGGCAGAUAGACCUUCGAACCCAGGAGCCUUUUGUAUUUCAUUUAGUACCGAUGUAGUGGAUCUAUUGGAGGUGGCCCUCUGCCACGGCUGAGGGGGCAAGAGACCCCUCCAGUGCUCCCCGUUGGCCAGUAGAGUGCCUGCAGCUGUGGGGUGGGGGGUGUUCUUGGGCAGUGAUGCAGGGGUAGGGGGCAGCCUGCAGCUGGGAGGGAGUGGGGGGAGAUCUGCCCUGCUGUGGAAAUACAAGGGCUGUGCCCUGGAUUGGCUUCAUCCCCCAAAGCCAGGUAUCCCCUCCUUCCCUGCUGCUAGGUGUGCCCCAAUGCGGAGCCUGGCCCCAUGGUGUGGGGGUGUGCUCAUCCCCUCCCCGGUUCAGCAGAGGGACAGGGGCCUCUUGGCGUGAGCCAAGCUGCACAGGUGGUGUGGGGUGCCCCCUAGCUCUACUCUAGGCUUUGGAGUGGGUGGAGGAGCAAGGGGAUAGCAGGGCCCUUCUUCUGUUGUAAGGAGAGGGGUGGCUAUGCAAUGAGUGGAGGAGUGUCUGGGAGGCAAGACCUGAUGUGACAUACUACUGUAUGUGUCUGGAAACCCCCCUGGGGCUGGGGGAGGAUAUGCCUUUCAGUGCCGGAGUGAGGCGGGGGCUGGGCCGGGGGGCCUCCCGGGAGCCAGCACCUUGCCUCUGUCACCGAGAAACCAAAGUGCUUUACUUCACCAUUAAAGGCGGAAUGAGA